CGCAAUGCUGGCAAGCGCUCGAGGCGGGCGCGGCAAUGCUAGUCGCGCUUCCGCCUUUCAUCCAAAAGUGAAGCUCCGACCUCGUAGAGAAUGCGAAAUCAAAACGCCAGCUCAAGAGGAGAGAGUGCCCGAGAAGAAAGAUCCAGAAAUCCCUCUCGAAACUUUGAGCGAGGUGGAAUUGGAUGCAAUAGUCGAUCAUCAGUGCGAAGAACCUCUAUCUCUGCAAGAAGCACCAAGUGACUCUGUGCCAACUUUGGCACCGCCGGCUCCAGUGCCAGAUCUGGUUAUGCCAUCAUCGGUACGUCUUCUUCUUCUUGUUUCUUGUUUUACUUUUCCUCUCCUCUUGUGUUUUAGCGCACUGAAACUUGUACCAGCGAGUGUUCAAAGGCAAAGAGAAACAAGCGGUCGGUUUCACGCAAGAAACAAGAGCCAGCUGUGAGUAUCGACUUGCCGACAUUAAUCAAAGAGGCG